AUGUCCAUACCACUUAGAGAAGGGUUUGUCGAUGAAACCCUUGAAAGAUGUCUAGAGGAUUUAAUAGUUAGAUUUGUGGUCAACUGUCCCGAUGAAGACCUCUCGUCGAUAGAAAGAGUUUUGUUUCAAAUUGAAGAGGCUCAUUGGUUUUACCAAGAUUUCUUGAGGACUUCAAAUCCUCUUUUACCGUCCAUGAAAAUGAAACAGUUCACAAACAGGUUAAUUGAACAAUGCCCGCUUAUUUGGAAGUGGGGAGAUCCAUCUGAAGCCCUAGCUCAAUUUGGGAAAUACAAAUCCACAAUUCCUGUUCGAGGUUGUGCAUUGUUGAACUCCUCUAUGGACAAGUUACUCCUGGUCAAAGGUAUAGAGAGUCCUUCUUGGGGUUUCCCAAGAGGUAAAAUAUCAAAAGGUGAGAAAGAUUUAGAUUGUGCUUUGAGAGAACUGGAAGAAGAAACUGGUUUUGAUGCUUCCAAUUUGAUAGACGAAGACGAAUUCGUUGAAAGGACAAUCAAAGGUAAAAACUAUAAAAUCUUCAUAAUUAAGGGGGUUCCUGAUGAUACGAACUUCCUUCCGAAGGUUAGGUAUGAAAUUGUUGAUAUUCAAUGGAUGGAUAUA